GCGGGUGGGCGGAAGCGCGGCGCCCACGUGGUUCCUGCAGGGAGCCGCCGGCGGGUCCCGAACCGAGCGGGACCGGGCGGGUCCAACGGGGCGGAUCCGAGCGGGGCCGGGCCCAGAGGGACCGGCGUCGGGACCGGGACUGGGACCGGGACCGAGCGGGGCCGGUGCUGGCCGCCAUGGAUCCGCUGCGGGCUCAGCAGCUGGCGGCCGAGCUGGAGGUUGAGAUGAUGGCCGACAUGUACAACCGGAUGACCCAGGCGUGCCACCGCAAGUGCGUUCCCCCGCACUACAAGGAGUCGGAGCUGUCCAAAGGGGAGUGCGUGUGCCUGGACCGCUGCGUGGCCAAGUACCUGGAGGUGCAUGAGCGGAUGGGCAAGAAGCUGACGGAGCUGUCGAUGCAGGACGAGGAGCUGCUCAAGCGGAUGCAGCAGGGCACCGGCACCGCCUGAACCCCGCCCCGCACCCCAAUAAACUGGGGGUGUCUGCUGUGCUCCCCUUGCCCCCCAAACCCACCCCGUGGCCGUGUGUUGGGGUACGCGGUGCCCGUGGCUGCUGCUGGGAGCCCCCCUGGCUGGCCCCAGCUGCCAYGUGCCGUGUCCUUGUGGGGGGCACCCCUGGGUGCCCCCCCCAACUGGGCCCAGCCCGAGUAAUCCCCCGGAUUAGGCAGAGCCGGGCUGAGCCCCUUGUAAUCCCCAGUGGGGUGGGACAGGGCUCAGCCCCUCCCUGUCUGUCUCUGCCGGGGGCACCGGUGGGGACAGCUGGGGGACCCUGCACAGGGACACAGCCCUGGAGGGACAGGGCACAGGGACACCCACAUAGGGACACAGCCCUGGAGGGACAGGGCACAGGGACACCCACACAGGGACACAGCCCUGGAGGGACAGGGCACAGGGACACCCACACAGGGACACAGCCCUGGAGGGACAUGUCACAGGGACACCCACACAGGGACACUCCUGGGACUCCCAUCCCCGGCUGGGGAUACACAGGUGGGGGGAACCAUGUGGGGACAAUCCAGGGACAUCCCUGCCUGGGCAAAGACCACGUGGGGACAGCCAGAGAGCACACUGGGGGGAGCGUGUGGAUACCCACGCGGGGACAGUUUGCACACACACACACAGACACCCCCACACACGCCUGGGGMCAGUUGGAGGGGCCAAGGGACCCAGGGAGCUACACUGGCUGAGGGCCACCCCAGCCUGUGUGAGGGAUACAGGCCAGGGGUGACACGCCGAGGGGGACUGUGRGCCGUGUCCCUGCACCCGCAGCCCGGCAGCGUGUGCUCCAUCUGUGUGCCAGYGCCUGCGGGAAGUGGGUCAGGCUGUGCAGGGCGCGGGUGACGCCGCGGGGGUGGCUCUGCGCCCCGCGGCUCCCGUGACACCCGCCAGCAUCCGGCGAGGGGUGCGGGGUGUCGGCGUCACGGGAGCGCGCGUGUCACCGGYCCCGCGGCGGCGCCGGGUGUGGGAYGGGUGUCGGGGGGGUCGUGUGGCCGCACAGCCCGCAGGGGGUGUCUGUCCGUCCCCCCCGCGGUGCCCUGCACGCCUCGCUGCCCUGCCGCCCGUCGCUCCCAUCAAUAUUUCAGGAGCAGCAGGCGGUGACCUGGAACGGCAGUGGCCCCCCACCCCCCCCUUCCCCGCAGCAGCCAGGCCGCGCUCUCCCAAAAUAAGACCAUUUUUAAUAAAUAAUUUCCCACCUUU